GWGUUAUCUAAGAGUGCGAAUUAAUGUCGAUCAGUUAAUCCACUGCAUUGGCCGUAACCACCAAACCAUACAAUACAUGUAGGAUUACUGCUGUAACGGAACUAACUGCUAUACUACGAAAAUAAUCGAUACAUUCGCAUCGAAGCAAGCGUCGCUGCGCACUUCAAGUAUUUAAAUUGGAGCGGAAAUUUUYUGUAGURAAMCUCUAUUAAAAUAACUAAAAAGAACUGAAAACUAUGGAGCAUAAAAUGUUUCAAGAUCCGACACUGGAGCGCCACUUCACCGGACACAGCGGUGCCAUAACACAGUUGCGCUUCAGCCCCGAUGGCCAACAAAUCGCAAGUAGUUCCAUGGAUACCACAGUUAUUUUGUGGAACCUCAAGCAGGCAGCGCGUUGCAUUCGAUUUGCCUCGCACUCUGAGCCCGUUUAUGGAGUGAGCUGGUCGCCCAAGGGCACUUUUAUGGCCUCCUGUAGCCAUGAUCGCACUGUCAAAGUCUGGGAGCCCAAGGUACGCGGUGGCUCGGCCGAGUUUCUCGCUCACGGCAAGCCGGUGCGCAGUGUGGACUUUGAUCCCACUGGGCAGCUCCUGUUGACUGCCUCCGAUGACAAGUCGGCCAAACUGUGGCGCGUAUCACGACGUCAGUUCAUCUCGUCGUUUACCCAGCAGACCAAUUGGGUGCGUGCUGCCAAGUUCAGUCCCAAUGGCAAACUCAUGGCCACCGUCAGUGAUGACAAAUCUCUUCGCAUCUAUGACCUGAACAGUGGGGAAUGUGUGCGCACCUUUACCGAGGAGCGUGCUUCACCCCGUCAGCUAGCUUGGCAUCCUUGGGGCAAUAUGGUAGCCGUUGGCCUCGGCUGCAAUCGCAUCAAGGUCUUCGAUGUGGUCCAUAACCAGCUGUUGCAACUAUAUGUCGUACACUCGGCACCUGUCAAUGAUCUGGCUUUCCAUCCAAGUGGCAACUUCCUCUUGUCGGGCAGCGAUGACAAAACUAUACGCAUAUUGGAUCUACUGGAGGGCAGGCCC